CCUGCCCCUCCUCCUCCAUCCCCCAUCCUCCAUCCUCCAUCCUCCUCCUCCUCCUCCUUCUCCUCUUCCUCCUUGCACUCCUCUAGUCGCGCGGUUCCCCGGCCGUUCCCGGUGCUCGCCUCCCCGAGUGGCCGGCUGCGGGCGUUCUCAGGGCCACGCCGGGGGACGCCAGCCUCUGACGUGGGCUUUCUCUUUCUCUUCGCUUCCUGAGCACCGGGAGGCCAGGAGGCGGCGGCGGGGCGCGGCUUGGCCCCGGGAGCCGUCAGGGAGCGAGGAUGAUGUACCUGAAGCCGUCCUGGGCGCAGGGCUGCGGCGGCCUCCUGCACCUGGCCGUCCUGCUGAGCCUAGCUGGGCUCCGCAUGGACCUGGACCUUUACCUGCUGCUCCCCCCGCCGCCGCCCCUGCUUCGGGACCCCUGGACGCUGCUGGGGAGCCCUGGCGGCGCCGCCUACGCGCUGCCUUCCUUCCAAGAAGGAGCCGUCGGGGGCUGGGGCCAGGGGCACCCCAAGCGCCCGGACACGGACUCAGCCUUGUCUUCCGAGGGGCAGCGGCUGCUUCAGGAGGUGCGCACGCUGGGGGUCCCCUUCAUCCCGCGCACGCACGUGGAUGCCUGGCUGGUGCACUGCGUGGCUUCGGCUGGGGGCGCCGGCGGGCCCCCGAGGCUGCUGGGGAACGCCGCCCCGACCGAGGCGAGCGGGACGCGGGCCUUGGAGACCCUGGAGGCAAUAGCAGCGGUGGUGGCAGCGGGCCGGCCCAAGGUGAAGACAAGGACCGGGAGGCUGAGGAAGAGAAGUCCCCCGACGGCUGCCCCAGCCUCAGGAGGCGUCGAGACCAGCGGAUGCGGCGUAGAGGAGAGCAGUGGGGAUGAGAUGGACACAGCCUGGUCUCUGGAAGACGUCUUCCAUUUGAUGGCGCCCCCAGUGGAGAACUCGCUGGAGGAUGAGGAGACUGAGGGUCAGAGGGGUUGGUCACAGACCCAGCAGCAGGCUCAGGACCUGGACCGCCCAGGCCCAGCUGGGCCUUUCUCACUGUGGUUAAUGAGCUCAGAGGGCCUGGCGGUGUUAGUGCUGCGUGGGGAGCGGUCAGCGGGAGGUCAGAGUCGGGACGGCUGCAGCCAGGAACAGGACCAGCCCCCAGCUACUCUUUGGGAGAGAGAUGGCAGGAUUUUCUCUCAUUACCUCAGCUGCAGGGCUGGGCAGGUGCAGAGGGGAGGCCCCGGGGCCGAGGCCAGGACAGAAGCCAGCUUCAUGUCAGGAGCAGGACAUGGGAUGAAUCUCCUGAAAGUGGCAGAGAGAAUGUGCUGUCUCAGCCCUUUUGUCACCCGGUGUGGGGGACAUGCCCUCCCCUGUCCGGGCCUCCGUUUCCUCAUCCGUUACAAGGACACCGAAUUCAUUGCUCGCCAAGGCCCCUCGAGUGUCCAGGUCCACCGCCCAUGCUCACAUGGACUCGGGAAGCACAGUCUUUGGAAUGGGCGGUCAUGUGACUGCGACACUGGCCAGGGCGGACAUGGGGCCCCAGACAAGGCUACGAGAGGAAUUCUAACCUGUGGCAUCUCAUCUCGGCCUCUGCCUCUUCUCUGUAACAGCAGCAGUGAUGGUGUGGAUGGUCCUGGUCAGUACAGCGUGAACUUCAGCCAGGCGAUUAGUCACGACGUAAGCCUCCAUGAGGCCAUGUUGGCGUGCCCGGACACAUGCAGAAGAGACACAACAGCCAGGCAUCCACAGACCCAGGAUGCAUUCUUGCCACUGAAUUCCAGCAAUGCCCUUCCUUUUCCAGGGAUGGACUGGGCAGGCUUUUCUCCAUCUACUGAGAGUAGGACCAGGAACCUGACAACCCAAGACCUUCUCUUGGACCUUGAUGAAAACAUAUUUGAUGAGAUAAAUUUAAUAUCUUUUGCCAUGGAGGAGGGCUUUGACCCAAUGGAAGUUUCCCAGCUCUUUGAAGAACCAGAUUCUGAUUCUGGACUUUCCUUAGAUUCCAGCCACAGUAGCACAUCUGUGACCAAUCUUAACUCAUCAGCUUCCCCGUGGGAUGGCGAAGGUGCUGUGGGUUACAGUAGUGAUGCUGAAUCUCUCUCCCACCAGGGGCUAGAGGGAGCUGUUGGAGGUCACUGGCCAGAGACCAGUGAGCUGUGCUAUAUGUCAGAUUCAGAGCCUUCUGGAGAACCUACAUUGGAACAUAUUCUUCACAACCACACUUACUACCUACUGCCAAGCCCACCAUCAUCUGAACCUCUCCUUCCGUGCCCUCAGAAGUCCCAGACUGUAAAAAGGAGCGGUGACCUUAAUGACCGGGACAUUGCCCUGGGCCAGGACAAACACCACGCCAAAACCCUGUGCCUUCCCUUCUCAGUGGAUGAAAUUGUCAGCAUGCCUGUUGACUCCUUCAACAGCGUGUUAGCCAAGAGCUUCCUGACGGACACACAGGUGUCCCUGCUCCGGGACAUCCGAAGAAGAGGCAAAAAUAAAGUCGCCGCCCAGAACUGCCGCAAACGCAAGCUGGAUGGGAUUCUGAGCCUGGAGAAGGAUGUAGGCGACCUUCGAGCCCAAAGGGAGAGCCUUCAGCUAGAGAGGGCCCAGUACAGUAAGUCGCUUCACCUCAUGAAACAGAAGCUACACAGCCUUUAUCGGGAUGUUUUCAGUAGGUUAAGGGAUGACCAGGGCAGGCCUGUCAACCCCAACCUGUAUGCUCUUCAUUGUGGCCAGGACGGCAGUGUUUUAAUUGUGCCCAAAGAACUGAUGACUUCCGGUCUUAAAAAAGACAAUCAAAAGGAAAAGGAGAGAAAAUGAGGGUAGGGAUUCUAUAAACUGGACCUCUCCGGAGGGAAAGUUACAUUGGUGAAGGACGCCAGGGGAAAUGGGGUCAUAUUAACAACUGAAAUGGAAUUGUGAACAUGUUGAAUCUUGGUGACUUCUAACUCGGCACAGUCUAGGCUGCUGCUGUCCAGAGGUGCUCAUUCCUGAAUGAUCAAAUUAAUAUUUAACUGGCCCCAAAACCCAAGCAAGUUCAAGUUUAGUUCAUGGGGAGGUAUUGCUAUAUGGGGCAGCCAUGUUUUUUUAGCAUUCGGUAGGUACCAUACUGCUCCUCCCAAAAGAGGUGAUAGACCAGAAUUUCUGAGUCAGAUGUAGGGUGUGAAAGCAUUGGACAACUACCCAGGCAUUUUGGGUAGUGGCCAUAUUUUGUAGUAAGAUGGUCACUUUCAAGCCAAAAAAAAAAUCCUUUGUGUUAGAAAAAGAUUCCAUGUUUUCAUAUGGAGUAGCCUCUUAAAAUUCAAAGGGAUCUUUUGUUCUUGUUGAAAUCUGACUCUGUGAGUCAAAACCAUUUGGGGUUUUCUUGGCAAAGGUACUGGAGUGGUUUGCCAUUCCCUUCUCCAGCUCAUUUUGCAGACAAGGAA